AUGUCUCGUCGAUACUUCAAUUUAAAUGAGUCCAAAGACGUGGAAGAAGUUGUAAAUUUGCUGGUGGCUGAUGACGACGAUCCCACAAUGGAAGACGAAUGUGGGGAGGAAAGCGAUGUUGCUUCAGAUGACGAGGUAGAAGAACGAGGUGAAAAUUCCGAGACAGAGCAGGAUGAUGAGACCGACCUAGAUGAUGAAAAUUCUGGAGACAUACAUUUUUUUCUAGGAAAAGAUAAGAUCAAUGGUGAAAUCCUUCGAGUGCUGGUCAAUACUUCAGCGCAAAUUAAAUGCGAUGUCGGUUCCAGUUUGCCUGACGACAAAGUUUUACUGGUCGUGUGGUAUAAGAAUAAUCUUCCAAUUUAUAGUUAUGACACUCGUGGUGCGCAUGCGGGUACACCCUCACAUUGGCGAGAUGAAGAAGUACUCGAAGAUCGGGCCGUAUUUCGUACGCAUAAAGAGCCAGCUGAAUUGAUUAUUAAUCCUGUGAAGGAAAAGGACGCUGGGAAUUUUCGUUGCAGAGUUGACUUCAAGCUCUCACAGACUAGAAAUAGUAACGUCAAUUUGGAAGUUGUUGUGCCUCCACAACAGCCAACAAUUUUCAACGAACGCCACUUGCGAAUCGAAUCGCGCGCUGGUCCGUACGAGGAAGGCGGCAGUCUGGAAGUGACAUGUGUCGUUUAUGGCGGUUCGCCACCGCCCACAGUGACAUGGCUCAUGAAUGGACAAAUCCAGAAUAGCGUGGUGGAUUACUCAUACGAGGGCAAUAUCAACAGCAAAUUAGUUGUGCGAAAUUUGUCACGCAUUCACCAACAUGCUGUGUACACAUGUCAGGCGAGUAAUUUUCACAAGAAAUAUGUCGCCACCAACAUCACGAUUGAAUUGUAUUUGCGUCCAUUGCUGGUGGAAAUUUCAUUCAAUAACCAACCAAUGUCUGCUGAUCGAAAGUAUGAAAUUGAGUGCCAAGCAAUUGGCUCAAGACCGCCGGCAAAGAUCACUUGGUGGAUGGGGAAUAUGGAAUUGCAUGGGCAUAGCCAAAAGGUUUCUGAGGAUGGCAAUGUCAGCCUUUCGGUACUCAGCAUCACACCAACACGUGAGGAUCAUGGCAAAGCGUUAUCCUGUCGUGCUACGAAUGAACUGGUGCGAAAUGGCAUACGUGAAACAGCAAUGAAACUAAAUGUAUUUUUUAUACCAACACUCCAACUGGACUUGGGCUCAAAUUUGAAUCCGGAAGAUAUUGAAGAAGGCGACGAUGUUUAUUUCGAGUGUAAGGUGCAUGCCAAUCCGGCAGCUUAUAAAGUUGUAUGGAAACAUAAUAAUCAGAUAAUCCAACAUAAUCAACGUGCUGGCGUUAUUGUGAGUAGUGGCGAUUUGGCGCUUCAGGGCGUGACCCGUCACCAAGCGGGCAACUACACUUGUACGGCCUCGAAUGUGGAAGGCGAUGGUGAUAGUAAUGUUGUUGAGCUGAAAGUGAUGUACAAGCCCAUUUGCCGUCCGGACCAGAAGAAAAUCUAUGGUGUGGCGCGUAAUGAGGCCGCCGAGAUUUUAUGUGAAGUUGAUGCAUUUCCACCGCCGGAAAACUUCAAAUGGUCCUUCAAUAAUACAGCAGAGACAUUUGAUAUGCCGCAGAGUGGUUUCCGUGCACAUUCAGCGCAAGGAUCGACAUUGACCUACACGCCGGUCAAGGAAUUGGACUUCGGCACAAUCAUGUGCUGGGCUGAUAAUAAUGUUGGCCAACAAAAAGAGCCUUGCGUUUUUCAUUUAAUCGCUGCCGGCAAGCCAGAAAUUCCUGCGAAUUGUACGAUUUUUAAUCAGACAUCGGAUUCGUUGGAGGUCUAUUGUGUUGAAGGUUUCGAUGGGGGUCUACGGCAAUGGUUCCUAAUGGAAAUAUUCGAUCAGCAUAGUGGGCAGUUGCAAGCCAAUAUCUCUUCCAAAUAUCCAGUAUUGAGCGUAACUGGCCUAGAUUCUGGUCGGUUGUUCCGUAUUUUCGUUUAUGCAGUAAAUUUACGUGGACGCAGCGAGGCGGUUCAGGUCGAAGGUUACACGUUGAAGGCGGCAGAGAAGCAAACAGUCGCUCUGACCUCCUACAAGGGUACACAAUCCAGUUUCGAACUCACACCCAUACUAUCGGUGGGCAUCUUUGUCGGCAUAUUGGUGGCUUUGGUUUGUAUUGCCAUUGGAACAAUUGCAGCAUUGAAGCUGCGUUCACACAAACAACAGCAAAAAUAUCAACAUCAAAAUGCGAAGUUCUCACGACCAGGCAAUUUGCAAAUUAAGGAUAAAAUCUCAUUGCCAUUAAGUCAUUCGGAGGAAAUGUACGACGAGAAGAAUCCUGAUGUGGUGCCGUAUAAUGAAGUCGAUGGUGAAUACAAACAGAAAUCAGCAACACAAACACCAUCCGGCCAUCUGUCCACAACAAGUGAAGCGGAAAUCAGCUGUAAGCCAUCAACGGACGAGCUUGGCAUGUACCAAAGCAACAAGGACGACGAGCUACACUAUGCCGAACUCUCGCUUGCACCCGGUAGCGUUGCCAUUGGCAGCGCCAGUUCUACUGGUCUACCCAAAAAAUCCAUUUCAGUAGAUUGCAGCAGCAGCAUGUUGCUGCAAGGUGCCGGUAUAAAUACGAACAACAUGUCCGUCACAAUCGGUGGCACACUGCCGCACGGCUCCAGUGUACGCAAACUGCUACCCAGCAUACCAGCCAAUGCUGGUGCAAGCACACUGCAACGCCACAAGCCACAAGCGGCAGUGCAACAGCCACCACCACCACCAUCCUACGACUACUUCGAAGAGCCAACGAUAUACGCGCAAAUCGAUCACUACAAAUCAACAUCGACGGGGGGCACAGCAACAGCAGCGACCGCUAGCACUAAUGGUGGCUGCUCUUCGUCCGCCUCAGUGUCGCCAUUCCCGCCUUGCAUCUCGUCACCUGCCUCACAGGGUACACCCUCAACCGUAUCCCCCGGCACGGUGCAGAUGUACACUUUACCCUCACAUCCUGGCGGCUAUCAUACGCUGCCACACAACCAUCAUCACCAGCAACAGCAGCAGCAGCAACAGCAACUUAUACAACAGCAGCAACUAUCACAUCAACAACAUCAACAACAGCAACAACAACAAACACACAAUACAUCCGCCUCAUCGAUGCUGCAAAUGAUGGCAGCGGCAGCAGUUGUUCAAGGUAGCGCUGGCAAUAUUUAUCAUCAUCAUGGUACGCUGCCAAUGCCACCGACAUAUCAACAACAUCAGCAACAACAAUUACAACAACAACAAGCCACCGGUCAAAUGCUGGUAUCGAGCAAUAGCAGUGGUCUCGGCUCGGCUACGACGACAGCGGCGGUGACGAGUCCGAGCAGUUCGCUGUCUGGCCUCUCGGCCAUCGGAAAAUCGUAUUCGCGUGAAAUCGUGACGGUGCGAACGCCGUUGAUGUAUUCACAACAGGAGAGUUGCGUUUAA